AUGCGCAAGGCCAUGGGCUUCGCCAAGUACUCGCGGCCGAUCCGCGAGCGCGCCGUCGAGGACCCGCGCUUGAACUCGCUCGUCCGCGCGCUCCUCGGCGACGCCGACUUCGAGCUGUACCAGGACAUGGCCCUCCUGAAGCCGCCGGGCGGCGGCCGCGAGAAGCCGUGGCACCAGGACGCGGCCUACUUCAACCUGGCCGCGGACGCGCGCGUCGUCGGCUGCUGGAUCGCGCUGGACGCCGCGACGCCGGACAACGGGUGCCUCGUCUUCGAGCGCGGCGGCCACGCGCGCGGCGAGCUGCCCCACUUCCCCGUGCGCGACUACCAGCUCUGCGACGCGGAGCCGCGGCGCGACGUCGUCGCCUGCCCGCUGCCGCCCGGCGGUUUGGUGCUCUUCCACGGCCGCGUCCCCCACGGCACGGCGACGAACGCGUCGCCGCGGCCGCGGAACGCGCUCCAGCUCCACUGGGUCGCGUCGGCGACGGCGGCCCUCGUGCCCCAGGACGCGCCCGGCGGCCGCGUCGCGCGCUUCGGCGGCGCGGCCCGGGGGCUCGCCUGCUAA